UUGUGGAGGUGGGACUGGAGAACAUAGAACCAUCAUGACACACCAAUGGGUGAAGUUGUGGAUCUCUCUCCUCUACGGUUUAUCUGCUGCUUACUCUGAUUCUGUUACUAUGAUUCCAAUGACUGGGAAGAUACCAGUGAUCACAGUUGGCGUGAGUCAAUCCCACAACAGGCAGGUCUGCAGCACGUGGGGUAACUACCACUACAAAACCUACGAUGGGGACUUCUUCCAGCUGCCCUACACCUGUAACUACGUGUUGACUUCACUGUGCAAAAGCAGAAGUGGCUACGAGGAGUUCAACAUUCAGCUGCAGCGUGAAGAGGUGGACGGUCAGGCCACCAUCAAGAAGGUCUCUCUGAAGCUGGAUGGGACCUUCGUGGAGCUGACUCAAAGUAGCAUCAAUGUCAAUGGGAAACAGGUCACGUUACCAUUUGGUCAGUUUAAUAUCUUCAUGGAGAGGACCAACUCCUAUGUGAAGAUCACAGCCAAGCUGGGUUUAGUCAUCAUGUGGAACGAAGAUGAUGCCCUCUCGGUGGAGUUAGACUCAAAGUUCCAGAAUCAGACCUGUGGGCUAUGUGGAGACUUCAAUGGAGUCCAGCUUUACGACGAGUUCAUUGUGAAUGGAUUUCAAAUGAAGACAAUUGACUAUGGUGAGCUUUCGAAGAUGAAUGGCCCUACAGAAACUUGCAUAGAAGUCCCACUUCAGGCUGAAAAUUGUGAAGAACAGAGGACAGCGUGUGAGGAGUUUCUCACCAGUUCAGCCUUCAGUAGCUGUGAGGACCUGAUUUCCACGGACUCCUUCGUCGAGGCCUGCAUGGCAGACAUGUGUCACUGUGGUAACAGCAACAACAGCGAGUCCUGCAUGUGCCAAACCAUUUCAGAGUAUUCCCGCCAGUGUGCUCACGCAGGGGGCGUGCCCCAGAAAUGGAGGACAGACCAGUUCUGCUUGGAGACAUGCCCUUUGAACAUGAAGUACCAGGAGUGUGGAAGCCCCUGUAUUGAUACCUGCUCCAACCCACAGGCGAACCAGCAUUGUGAGGAACACUGCACUGAUGGAUGCUUCUGUCCUGCCGGAACUGUGUUUGAUGACAUUAAUCAGAGUGGCUGUGUAGCUGUGGACCAGUGCUCUUGUCUCCACAACGGAAUGUCUUACAAGCCUGGAGAGACAUACUCUAGAACAUGCCAAGAAUGUACCUGCAAGGAUGGCCAGUGGAGCUGUAUAGGUCUGGACUGUCCAGGUACCUGCUCCAUAGAGGGAGGUUCCCACAUCACCACCUACGACGGGAAAGCCUACACCUUCCAUGGAGACUGCUCCUAUGUCCUGUCCAAGCAAAUCUAUGGGAGUGUUUUCACUGUCCUGGGUGACAUAGAGAAAUGUGGGACAACAGACACUGAGACCUGCCUAAAGGGUGUAACCCUGGUGAUUCCACAGUCCAAGAUGAUCGUCAUUGAGGCCAGUGGAACCGUCAGUAUGGACAAAAUGUUAUCAACGUUGCCCAUCGUCAUGGAGAAUGUAACGAUCUUCAAGCCCUCUACGUUUUACAUCGUUGUGCAGACCUCUUAUGGGCUUCGUCUGGAGAUCCAGUUAACACCUAUAAUGCAGGUGUACAUCACAGCUAGCAGUUCCCUUAAAGGAAAAAUCCAGGGUCUUUGUGGAGACUUUAACAGCGUCCAAGCCGAUGACUUUAGAACCAUCAAUGGACUGGUGGAAGGAACGGCUGUGACAUUUGCCAACACAUGGAAGACCCAAGCAAGCUGCCCAGAUGUGACCCAGAGCUUUGAGAACCCAUGCUCUCUGAGUGUAGAGAAUGAGAAAUAUGCCAAGCACUGGUGCUCAAUGCUAUCUGAUGCUGCAGGAAUAUUUUCUGAAUGCCACAGUGAGAUCCACCCUGAUCCCUACCAAGCAAAUUGCAUGUAUGACAGCUGUAACUGUGAGAAGACUGAGCAGUGCAUGUGUGCAGCAAUCUCCUCCUACGUCCACGCCUGUGCUGCUGCUGGCAUCCUGCUGACAGGAUGGAGAAACACCACCUGUGGAAAUUACGCUCAGUGCCCUGACACGAUGGUGUAUGACUACGAUAUGACCAGCUGUGGUCGCACCUGUCGCUCGCUAAGCCAAAAGGACUUUACCUGCCAGGUAGAACACGUGUCUGUGGAUGGUUGUGGCUGUGCUGAGGGAACCUACAUGAAUGACCAGGAAGAAUGCGUCCCUGCCUCAGGCUGCCCCUGCUACUAUGGAGACAAGGCCCUGGACCAAGGAUUUACCAGUAUCAAUGGGGCUCCUUGUUUUUGCAGAAAUGGGAUAUUAAGCUGUACUGGAGAAGUAACUCCUUCAUCUUGUGAAAGUCCAAUGGUUUUCUUCAACUGCUCCAAUGCUGCACCAGGUGCCAAAGGCUCAGAGUGUCAGAAGAGCUGCCAAACAAUAAACCAUGACUGUUUCAGUAAAGAAUGCCUGUCAGGCUGUAUGUGUCCUGAUGGUCUGCUGUCUGAUGGGAAUGGAGGAUGUGUUCAGGAAGAUCUUUGUCCCUGUUCUCACAAUGGAGUCGACUACCAACCUGGGGACAAAAUUAAAAUAAAAUGCAAUAACUGCACUUGCAGUGGAAGCAAUUGGGAUUGCACCAAUAACGUGUGUCCCGGGACAUGUGCCAUAUAUGGAGAUGGUCAUUACAUCACAUUCGAUGAGAAAAGGUUUAAUUUCAAUGGAGACUGUGAAUACACUCUAGCUCAGGACUACUGUUCCAACAAUCUAAACGGAACCUUUAGAGUGAUCACACAGAACAUUCCCUGUGGAACUACAGGCACAACCUGUUCCAAGGCCAUCAAGCUCUUCUUGGGGAGCAAAGAGAUUAUACUACAAGAUGAAGUUGUAAAAGUGGUGAAGCAGGAGACCGGGAUAGAUGUGGACUUCAAGGUCCACACUGUUGGUCUGUACAUUGUUAUUGAGGCUGGAAAUGGUCUGAUUCUAAUGUGGGAUAAGAGAACAAGCCUGUUCAUCAAACUCGACUCUAAAUUCAAGGGACAAGUGUGUGGUCUGUGCGGAAACUACGACGGAAAUGGGAAUAAUGACUUCACGUCCAGAAACCAGGAAGUGGUCGUGGAAGCGCUGGCAUUUGGCAACAGCUGGAAAGUGUCUCCCGGUUGCCCUGACGCUGUUGACAUAAGGGACCCGUGCACCGUGAGGUCAUCCAGGCAGUCCUGGUCUCUGAAACGCUGCAGCAUCAUCAAGAGUCCAGUAUUCGCAGACUGCCACUCCCAGGUGGACCCCACCCCAUAUCAUGAUGAGUGUGUCAGGGACUCGUGUGCCUGUGACACUGGGGGAGACUGUGAGUGUUUCUGUACAGCUGUAGCAGCCUACGCCCAGGCCUGUAACGAGGUCGGGACCUGCAUACGCUGGAGAACGCCAGACAUCUGCCCUCUAUUCUGUGAUUUCUACAACCCCGAUGGGGAGUGUGAGUGGCACUACAAGCCUUGUGGUUACCCCUGUAUGAAGACCUGCCAGAAUCCAGAAGGAACAUGCUCAAAACAGAUCCCUGCACUGGAAGGUUGCUAUCCAAAAUGCCCUUCGGACCAGCCUUAUUUGGAAGAAAGCACUAUGAAGUGUGUCACUGACCCAGAGUGUGGUUGCUAUGAUGGAAAAGGAAAUCAUUACAAGGAUCAGGAGGUUAUGCCUUCUGACAAGAACUGUUAUACAUGUCGCUGCUCAUCAACUAAAACCCUUUGCACCCCCGACAAGAACGCUUGCAAGUGUUUCCACAAGGGCACAACAUACCCAUAUGGAGCGACCGUGCAUACAGAUAACGGGGAUGGGACCUGUACUAAUGGCACCUGCACAGAAACCGGAAUCACUGACUUCAUUACCUACAGCUGUGGUUGCUUUCAUAACGGAACAACCUACCCAGUUGGAGCUACCAUAUAUACUACAUAUAAUAGUGAUGGAUCCUGUGUUCAUGCCAUAUGCGAAAUUGAUGGACCACAUCAAUAUCAAGUGACAAGUUGUCAAGUCGUCCAUACUACAACCCCAACAACUACCCCAUCAACUACCACAGAUACAACUACACCCCCAACAAACAACUACACCCCCAACAUCUACCCCUACGGGUACCUCAACGACUCCUCUUACACCCUGUCAGCCUGGUUGUCACUGGUCAGGUUGGAUUGA